UCUCUCUUACCAACUUAAGUAAAAACCAUCCUCCUCUUAAUUUGUCAUAUCCUCAAUUUCAAUUCCAUUCUUCUAACCACAACAACACAACAACAUCUCAUGGGAAGCCUUGGCCCUAACCUCACCAACUCCUCAACCCCUUUAAGUGCUACAACCACAUUCAAACCCUUAGAUCAUGAAGAAUUCCGAGAACAAGCCCAUAAAAUGGUGGAUUACAUAGCAGAUUACUACAAAAACAUAGAAAAUUUUCCUGUUUUAAGCCGAGUUGAACCUGGCUACUUGCUAACAUCCCUGCCUCAAACGGCUCCGCUAGGGCCGGAGCCGUUUGAGGCCAUACUAGGGGAUGUUAACAAGUAUAUUUUCCCAGGGAUGACUCAUUGGCUUAACCCAAAUUUCUUUGCCUUCUUCCCUGCUACUGUUAGCUCCGCCGCUUUCGUCGGCGAUAUGCUUUGUAAUGCUUUUAAUAGUGUAGGCUUCAAUUGGCUAGCUUCGCCGGCUGCUACGGAGUUAGAGAUGGUUGUUAUGGAUUGGCUUGCUUCUUUGCUCAAGCUCCCUACCUCCUUUAUGUUCUCUGGCACAGGAGGAGGUGUACUACAUGGAACUACAAGUGAGGCCAUCAUUUGUACACUGGUUGCAGCAAGAGAUCGAGCAAUGGAGACUGCAAAAUUUGACAAUCCAUCAAAAUUAGUAGUUUAUGGCUCUGAUCAAACACAUUCUACGUUCACUAAGGCAUGCAAGUUAAUUGGCAUACCACCUAAUAAUAUCCGAUUAAUCUCAACAACCGUCGAGUCAAAAUUCGCUAUGCCACCCUCUGAGUUUCGCAAGUCCAUUGAAGCAGAUGUGGCAGCUGGUUUUGUCCCACUUUAUCUAUGUGUCACUUUAGGCACCACUUCUACUGCUGCAAUUGAUCCAUUGGAAGAGCUCGUCAAUAUUGCAGGUGAUUACGACAUUUGGAUUCAUUUGGAUGCUGCUUAUGCUGGAAGUGCUUGUAUCUGCCCUGAAUUUAGGCACUACUUAAACGGGGUUGAGCGAGUUGACUCACUGAGUCUCGCCCCACACAAGUGGCUACUAACGUACUUGGAUUGUUGUUGCUUGUGGGUCAAGAAUCCGAGUUUGCUGACCAAAACACUUAGCACUAACCCGGAGUACUUAAAAAACAAACUCAGCGAGUCAAACUCAGUAGUGGAUUAUAAAGAUUGGCAAAUUGGUACGGGUCGACGGUUCAAGUCGCUCCGAUUAUGGUUCGUGUUACGUACCUAUGGUACUAUUAAUCUCCAAAACCAUAUUAGGUCCGACAUUUGCAUGGCUCGGACUUUCGAGAAUUUGGUUAAAUCCGAUACCCGAUUUGAGAUUGUUGCACCCGCUAAUUUUGCUUUGGUUUGUUUCCGAUUCAACCCUAAUAGAAAGUUUAAUCCCGAACAAAUUGAGGGUUUAAAUAGGGAGCUACUCGAGCGGGUCAACUCAACGGGUCGAGUUUAUAUUACUCAUACAAUUGCUGGUGGGAUCUACAUGUUGAGAUUUGCCGUGGGGACAACACUCACAGAGGAGCGCCACGUGAUUGCUGGUUGGGAGGUGAUUAAGGAACAAGCCGAGGUUAUAUCAAUGACAUCAAAACAGGCAACAAAUACGGAAAAAACUUUAUCUACCCAGCGUCGUCCUACAAAUACGUCAAUUGCAGAAAAGUGUGGCUGAUGCUUUUACAUCUGAUGAUCAUCAUAUUCCAAAUCAUAAAGACCAACCAAUAAUAUCAUCUAUGUCUCUAAUAUAAAUUAGGGUUUUGUUCUAUCAGGAGAAACUACAUCAAGUAUUUACUAUAUGUGUAUCGUACUAUAUUUAUUUUUUCUUCUAAUAAUUGUCAGUUUCUUCAA